CCGUUGUCACAAGCCGAAAUGUCGAACACAGGUUCCGAAGGUGCUUGGCCAUGGUUGUGGCAUGCUAAAGAAACGAGUGAUGCAAUUCCUAGAGCUACUACAACACUGCUUGUCAUUGCAAUAGCAGCUCUUAGUGUUUUCUCUUUGUUCAGGAGGCGAAACCACACAACGGCUUCAUUGCCGCCGGGGCCCCGAGGCGUGCCGUUCUUCGGGUACCUCCCAUUCCUAGGGACCAAUCUCCACCGGAAAUUUGCUGAAUUGGCCGAGACCUACGGCCCCAUCUACAAACUCCGGCUCGGAAGCAAAUUAUAUGUUGUUGUUAACUCCCCGUCGCUGGCCAAAGAAAUCGUGCGGGACCAAGACACAGAAUUUGCCAAUAGGGACCCGAACAUUGCCAGUACUAUCUUAUCAUACGGCGGAAAGGACAUUGCCUUCUCAAGCCUGGGCCCUUAUUGGAGGAAUCUCCGCAAGCUGUUUGUACGGCAGUUGAUGAGCAACAGGAGCCUCGAUGCCUUUUACGGUUUGAGAAGGCAGGCGGUCAGGAAGGCUCUGAGCGAUCUGUAUAGAAAACCCGGGAUGCCGGUAGAUAUCGGCGAAUUGGCCUUUCUGAUCCUGGUUAACACGGUGAUGGCGAUGCUGUGGGGAGGAACACUUCAGGGAGAAAAGCGUAAAACCGUGGGCACUGAGUUUCGAAAGGUGAUAGCCAAACUCAUGGUGCUCUUAGGUAGUCCAAAUGUUUCGGACUUUUUCCCGGCACUCGCUUGGCUUGACCUGCAAGGAGUGGAAAGGGACAUGAAAAGGGUGCAUCAGCGGCUGGAUGCCUUUAUUCAGUCUGUUGUCGAUUGUGCCACCCAAAGAAGAACAAAUGAACUGUUCAAGCAGGAGAAAGGGGAAUCUAAUAGCAAUGAACAGAAAAAGGACUUUUUGCAGAUUUUCCUGGAUAUGGAGAUGAAUCUUGAAGAUAAUCACUCACCGAUGGACAAGAAUAGAGUACUCAAAGCCAUUCUUGUGGACAUUGUAAUCGGUGCAACCGAUACGUCAACAAUGGUCGAGUGGGUGAUGGCAGAGUUGUUGCAGAACCGAAAUGUGAUGAACAAAGUAGUCCGCGAAUUGACAGAAGUUGUGGGGGAGGAUGCGAUGGUCGAAGAGCAUCACUUGCCCAAAUUAAAGUACCUCAAAGCUGUCAUCAAGGAGGCACUUCGCUUGCACCCGGUGCUGCCCUUAUUGUUGCCGCGGACCCCACAUGCUUCCUGUGUUGUCGGGGGUUACAUGAUACCAAAGGGCAGCAACAUAUUCUUGAACGUGGGUUAUAUCCACAGGGACCCCAAGAUUUGGGACAAACCGUCGGAGUUUAGACCUGAGAGGUUCUUGGAAGAUCCCAGCAAGUAUGAUCUCUCGGGCAACAACUUUGCAUACAUGCCUUUCGGUUCCGGCCGGAGGAUAUGUGUGGGGCUUGCACUGGCAGAAAGGAUGCUACUGUAUGUUUUGGCCUCUCUUUUGCAUUCGUUCGAGUGGGAAUUACCACCAGGGGUCGAGCUGGAAUUCUCGGACGAGUCCGGGCUUGCGGUCAAGAAAAUGGAGCCCCUGGUCGCCAAUCCAAGACCAAGAUUGUCCCCUCCAGAGCUCUACCUGUCGAGAUAGAUCUUUUAUUAGUCUCAAGACUCUUCAUUCAAUUCUACAAAAUAAAACUCUCCUGCCAGUAUCAAUAAUGUUCCAAGCAUCUAAGUCAAUAAGAACAACAGUAGUACCAGGGAAACGAGGGUUCAUGUACGGGACCCGGGUUUGAAAAGAACUUAUGCUGCUUUUGAUUGUGAUAGGAGAAAGAAAUCCUGUUACCUAUUGGUUCUUCAGGUCAGUUAGACCAGAAGAUGUAAGUCAUGUGAUUUAUUACGACAAUAAAUUAUGGCAGAUGGUCAAGUAAAACAAUUGUCCAAUCUACUAGAUUGGAUCGGCA